CUCUUUCUGAUCUCUCUCAACCCUCCCACCACCAUUCAUUCAUUUUCACUAUUUAUUAUUAUUAGUAUUAUUACGCCAACACACUUCACUUCACUCACCUUACUUCACCCCCCCGAUACCAUCUUUCACUCAUUCACCCACCCACUUCAAUUCUUAUUUAAUGUUCCACGACUCCAUCAUGUCCCCCUGAUCCAAAACAUUCUCAAUCCACUUUAUCAGGAGUUUUUAUUCUCUUGCCCUCUGUGUACUUGGACUUGGCAGUUGUACUACACCUGCUACCCAUGUUGCGACAACAAAUUCACUUUUGUUGUCAUUCAUGCAACCCGAAAAUAUCUUUGAAAUCCCUUUGCGACUAAAUCUCGAGCCAACAGACCUUCGAUCCCUGGAACGUACCAUUCUGCGACUAUAAACUGAUCUCGAUAAGCACACUCUCAACUAAAGAUUCGAAGCACAACAACAAAUCAGAUGGUCAGUCUGUGAAAAGUGAAGGACCCUAGGGAGGACGACAAAUAUUUGAAGAGCUGGACAGAAUUGAACAAGAUGGAACGACCAACAACAAUGCAAUCGCAUCGACCGGAUGCACCACGGCCAGAGCCUGGAUCAACUUUGAUUGUAAUCCGUAAGUCAAAUUCGCCCUGGUUACUCUUGGGAAUGAGAUUAUGAUGGAUAUGGAUAUAAAUCAGCUCCGAUAGAUCGUCACAUAGGGGAGUUUUGCCACUGAUGAUUAAGCUAGAUGAUUUCUCUGCCCGAAGUUCUGAUGAGCUCAGCUUGUCCAAAGGAGAUCGAGUUGAAUUAAUAGAGCGAGAUGAUGAAUUUGGAGACGGAUGGUACCUAGGAAGGAGUCUAGUAAACGGAUCGAGUGGUUUAUUUCCAGAAGGUGAGCUUCCCAUGCGAAAAUGGUGUCGUAUUGGGAAUUGAGAUUGAUGAAUCGUAAAAGUCUAUACUCGAUUAGCCCCUCGCGGAUCCCCUUCCUAUCCAAAUCUCUCGACAGCUUCGAUGUCUCAGCUAGGAGCUCUGCAAAUUCCGCUGGCUCAACAAUCUUUCCAACAUUCUCCUCAACCGAUGGCGCAAAGCCCCUCGAGUGAAACUACAAUUCCGCCCGAGGCUCUGGGGGCCAUUUCAGAUAUACUGUCACCCGGUCGACCUUCCUCAUCUCCGACUUCAAUUGAACCUCCAGCAAAUACUACCGCAAAAAUACUGCCGCCACUAAGUGCAGUGAGCGCGAGUUCAGCAGCAAAGUCCCAUGCCCAUGGGCAGGAUAGUCCAGUGAUGAAUGAGACUCUGAGUGUGAUUGAUGAGCAUAUAACAGACAUGACCCAUAUUGUUGGUUCUGUGCCAAAAUCAAUCAACGACUCUGGCAGCGAAUAUAGUAGCCAUCAUCCCGAUGCAAGAUUAUCAUAUAUCAAUGGUGAGGAAACCGAUGAAGAAGAGGAAGAUAUACACACACUGGAAGAGGUCAAUAUAUGGACACCCGAGCAAGUGGCGGAAUACUUGUUUACUGUGGGAGUUGAGAAGAAGCACUGUGAAGUGUUCCGAGAUCAAGAAAUCACCGGAGAUGUUUUAUUGGGCAUGGAUCAAACAUCUGUUUUCUUGAAAGAAUUUGAAUUAGGUUCUGUCGGACGAAGGUUGAAAACUUGGCAAAAGAUAAAAGCCCUCCAAGACGAAGUAAAUGGUGAAACUCCGACCAGAAGGAACACUGGUACAUAUGCUGGUAGUGAAAUCGGCUCCGAAGAUGGUGGUCGUCGCAGUCGUAAUGGUACUCCGUCAACAAUGCUACCACGAAACUUCAGUUUGAGCAACAGACCUGGAUCAUCGUCAAACAAUAUUCGACAAUCUCAACGAGCUCCGAGAAAUGACCCCGCUAUAAAUUCAUCUCCAGUAUCUCUCAAAACCCCACAAGGCAGCCCAAGAGCCCCAGGCGAAACAAGACCUUCUGCAGCAUCAAUUCGAGAUUUGCAUCGCUCUAGACAAAGUUCGAUCGGUGAAUUUAGUACCACUAAUUCACUUAUGAGCGCUGUUGCGGGCGGGGAAAGCCGGGGUGCAUCUUCGCACAAGAAGCAAGCCUCAUUUAACAAAGAUUGGUCCCUUGGUGAUGCAACAUCCGCCAUAUCUCAACGACGUUUAUCUUCGAGUCGUCCGUUAUCCUCCGCUGGUCUUACGGAAAUUACCACCGAAGAAUCUGCAGAUCAACCAUCUGAAAUUACAGCGCCCCUUACUAAUUUAGAUUUAGACCGAGGAUAUUUUUCAGGUGGUGAAUUGGAGGGCCGGCAGAGAAACGUGCUACGUAAAAGAGGUAGCACAGCUGGUCACUCUAGAAAUUCUAGUUACACUGAUGAGCAACGAUUAAGGACCGCAACAACGAAUUCAAGACAUUCCAGAUUUGGUAGUAUUGAUGCAACGAGAGAAACACCACCACCUACGGCAGCACAAAAAUAUUAUGGCUUAUCUGUGAAUGGUCGCCGGAGAACUCCUUCAGAAAGUUCCAUUAAUACACCUCCUCGACCAGUACCACCCCCGAAGGACGAUUUUCCACUUGUCACCAAGCUCCAACCAGAAAAAUCCAUGGAUAGCAUCCUGUCGCCGAAAUCACCAAGUCUCCGACAAAAUCAUCCCAGCGAUUGGCUGCAGCCUGUUAAGCCAACAGGAUCUUCGAGUCAUUUCAGCAUGCGCGCGAUCUCUGAUGCUGUUACCGGUCGUGAGAAAUCUCGUAUUACCUCGCCAACAGAAACUUUAUCAUCCUCAACAAAAGAUUCUCCACUGCAAUCACCCUCAAGAACUGGCUCAAGCACACGUUCAGGUGGUCCGAGCUUUGAACUGGAUCCUCGAGAUGAUAAGACGGCAAUGAUUACUCCGAAGACAUCUAGAAAGAAGUCCAAAAAGGAGACUAGUGCUUAUACUCGAGGUUUGGAAAAGAAAGCGCCCCAGGAACAAAUGGUUGGCGCAGAUUACAGUGGAUGGAUGAAAAAGAAGAGUUCAAAUCUUAUGACAACAUGGAAACCUCGACUUUUUGUGUUGAAGGGCCGCCGGCUAUCUUAUUAUUAUUCCGAGACCGAUGAGGAGGAGAAAGGACUGAUCGAUAUUUCAUUCCAUCGAGUCUUGCCAGCCGACACUGAUCGCCUUACUGGCCUCCAUGCCACUCUAACGGGUGCAACGACCAGCCCUACAAGCCCGAUUAAUGCGCAAGAAACCAUUGCAUCAGCGGAGGCGAAUGCCGAACCAGAAUCUUCAUUAAGCAAAAGUGGUGGUGUUUCUAUGUUUAUUUUUAAACUCGUACCACCGCGAGCUGGUCUUUCUAGAGCCGUCAAUUUCACCAAACCCACUGUGCAUUACUUCGCAGUACCAAAUAUCAAACAAGGCAGAUUGUGGAUGGCCGCACUAAUGAAAGCUACCAUUGACCGAGAUGACUCCAAACCUAUAACUACAACUUACCAACAGAAGACAAUUUCUCUUGCCAAAGCAAGACAAAUGCGACAUCGUCCUCCAGCACUCAUGAAUCUUGAUGAGAAAGUCGAAGAAGAAAUCUUGAGAACUCCGGCAAGCGAUAAGCAUGGCCUCAAUAUUCAUGGAAUCAUAUUCGAUCGCGACGAGGGUGAUAGUGGUGUCUCUGGGGUUUCAAAACGAGAGAGUGCGAAUACAGGGAUGAGUCAUGUACCAGAAGGUGUGGGUAUAAGUAAUACUUAUUCGCCAGAUAUCGAUGAUCUCGAACCAGAAACUGCGUGAGGUGGAAGUUGGCGGCUGAAUGAACAGUGAUUGAGAUGUACGGACGCAAUCCAUGAUUGAGCCUGAUGACGAGCACAAAGACGCAUAUGAAACCUUUUUCUUUCAACUACCUCGCUGUAGUUUUUCUUUACUUAACUUUUCUGGCAAUUCUUCGAUACAGACCUGACACCGAUAUCUAUCUAACGGGCAUCGAUAGAAGCAUACAAUUUCAGACAUUUAAAUAAUAUACCCUGUUCUAAUUCUGGUGCGGUGUGCAUAUGGCGGGGAUACCUUGUGGGUAGGGGGCAUUUUUCUUGGGCGGAAGGCUGGUAUAUUUGGUUGAUUUGGGGAUGGAUGGAAAGAAGAUAGUGGAUGGGGUGCGGAAGUAUGAAGAGAGGAAAUUAGGCAACGUCUUUCCUCUUUUCCCUCCUUUCUGUAAAGAACACAAAUACCCUACUUUGCAUUAUCGAGAGUUACAGACGUGAGGAGGUAGAAAUCUGGAUGAAUGGAUAUAGGGAGCAGUAUUUCAGUGGAGGGGUUAUGGAAACGUUGUGAGACAAUGAAUGGUAUGGUAGGAUGAUUGACUUUCUGGAAAGUUUAAAAUAGAAAAAGCAGCUAUCGAAAUCUGAGAUUGGAGGGAGAUAAGUAAGUUGAGGUGAGGAAAUGAAGAUGAAGUGGAAAGCAUUAGAUGUAUGUAGAGACUUACAUUUG